AUGAGAUUACUAUUCGGAUCAUUGGCAAUUUGUAUUGUAUUCUUUUCCGUCGCAUCCGGUCUUUUAUCGAAUGCAUGCAAAAAACGAGCAGAAGUAUGCCGGGGGGAUAGUGAAUGUUGUCCCGUGAUGGGUCGUCGCAUGGUGUGUGCAGCACAUCUCGAGAUAUGUGGCAAGAAAAUCUGCUGUAUUACCGAAGUCGAAGAACAACAAGAAAAACAAGCGGCCCUUCUUCGAAACCGCAAUCGAAGUUUAAAACGAUUUAUUGGUGCAUUGCUUAAUGAAGACUGA